AUGAUCAAGUAUGUCUGUAAAUAUUUCUAUGAUUUCUUCUACAAGUUGUUAAUGACCAAAAAUUCCGACUCAGCAUCGAACUACGUGGACCGCGUGCGCAUCCGUGACUCGUCCAACUCGUUCGGAGGGCCGGGCCGAGGAUCCGGGUGGCGUCAGAAGUCCCUGUCGAAUAUAGAUCUACCGACGAGCUACCGCGGUAUCGCCGGCGGCAUCGGCGGGGGCAUCACUGGCGGUGGCUUGGGUGCUGGUCAGUUUCGCUACCGCGACUAUGACUCAGGACUGUACGAUCUAUAUUCGCGCAUAGACAGCCGCCGGGAGGAGUACGAAGAUCUGUACGGCGUCAACCCGAAGGCGGCACGGGCAAACGGGGCCAGCAGUGGCAACAGUGGCCUCAGCUCAUCGGCUGGUGCAACAGCGGCGGCGGCGGCGGCAGCGGCUUCAUCAUCAUCGGCAGCAGCAGCAAUAGCCGCCGGAUCGCCGGCCGGUGGUGGUGGCAGCAAGUCGAAGAAGCGGCACCACCGCAGCCAGGAGGUGAUCGCGUACGAUAAGUCGUCCGAACACGGCGGCCACAGCCACCAUCAUCAUCAUCACCAUCAUCACGGUUCGCAGCAGCAACAGGCCGCCCAGCAGCAGCAGCAGUUCUACAACCCCGACACUGGGGAGGCUUGCAGUUUGCGCCGUACCCGCAGCCUCGCCGUCAUACGCGAGGAGUCGUACCACGAUCUACAUCUUCCCGGGCGCGGCGGUGCUAGGCGAUCGCAGCUAAUUCCGAGAGCGAAGCUGAUCGAUAGGAAUUUUUUCAAGGAACGUUUUAGCUACAUCUACGACGACAACGGAGACGUACCGGAGGCGCCGGACAGUGACGCGAACGGGUACACGCUAGCGCGUCGAUUCUCCACCUCCACGCAAACGGCAAACGGUGGCCCGGGACAGCAGCAACCCUUCCCGUGGCACACGGACAAGAGCGAUCUCGACUCGAUCGAUUCCUCCAUCUUCAAGCACUCGCUGCAUCAGCAGAACAGCUUCGACGGCAGCCGGCGCAACUCGAUCCGCAGCGAUUCGACCAAGUUUGUGUCGAAGGUAGAGGUGCACAGCCAGUACUCGGGCGUCUCGGGUGGCAGCAAGUCUGACACGGGCGUUGACGCCGACCUGAAGCUGCUGGACGAUCUAUCACUGCGCGAGGAGCCGGUGCGUGGCAAAUCCGGUGCAACGCUUGACACGGUGCGCAAGCGCUCGGGCAAGUUUGGGCCGCGCGACGAGGACGAAAGUGGCAUUACGAUCAUCGAAAUCAAGGACAGUCAGGUGUCACACAAGAGCUCGAGCGUCAUCUCGUACGAUUCAAUCUAUCUGUCGUCGGAGAGUGACGAGAAGGAGCUGCUGGACGAGCAGCAGCAGCAGCAGCCGGCAACACCGAGCGAAGACAGACGCCGACGCCGUGGCAAGGAGGCGGCCCUGAUUGAGGCACAGUUUGAGGAGUACGAGGAGCUGUUCCACGAGGUUGACGAUCUCGAAAGUACUGAGAGUACGAUCGACACCCUGUACGGGCAGGUAACGAAGCCGAAGCCUAAAAUUGUGGGUGUGGAGCCGAAGAAGCUCCAUCCGAACGAUUCUUUGCGUCGCUACACCAAGCACAACACCGGGCGUAGUACGAUCGAGAGGCUGUCGAUCAUCUCUAACUUGAAGCUGCGGCAGGAGUUUGGCGGUGGAAGCGAUCCACCUUCGCCGGGCGGUAGAAAGGACCGAGCGGCGGCUCUGCCACCGGUAGACAGUGACUACCAGUACAACUCGCUGCCCGAUGCGGACGUCUGCAAGAUACUGCGCAACUCCGAGCGGAUCGAUGCGAAGCUGAGACGAAUUGCCGACAGUGAACACGACGGGGACGCAGCUAGCCGCAAGCGCGAGUUUGACUCGUUGCCGCGCCUGAACAAAGCGAAUCUGAACCUGACGCGCCCACCGUCCGACGAGGACACAUCACUCGAGGAGUCGGACAAGGGUGCACCAUCGAUUGAGGUGGUUGAAACGCCGACCAAAGAGGUGCAGGGCAAGGUAUACUUGCAGGAGUUGGGCGUUGAGCUUGAUUACGAAAAUUCGGUCGUAGCGGGAAAUAGCGAUCAGGAGAGUGACAUCACGAUCGUUGCACCGCAGGAAAGUUUGGAGCUGACGACACCGGCAAUCGUUGUCACGCCGGCAGAUAAGAAGCCAGCAUCGUCUUCAUCCGUCAUCUACUCGACGUUUGCGAGCACCGUUGGCAAGCAGACGACCACGAAGAUCAACUUCGAGAGCAAGGAGCGCCAAAAGCCGGAACCAGACGCGCUGCGGGAAGUGCGCACCAAGUUAAAGCCGGUUCAGCAGACUCAGACGAUCCAGCCGAAGGUACCGCUGGCCCUAGCGCCCACCGUAAAGCUCGGCGGACGGAAGGUAAUCGUGGAUGAAGUAGCCGCCAAGGCAGUACAGCGUGAAAAGGAGCUAGGACGUGAGCAGGCGCCACCGACGGCACCCAAAAACGGUGUUCAAGAGCAGGUUGCCCCACCCGUUCCCAAGAAACCGCCAAAAGACCCAGAGUUGCCGCAGGAGGUAGCAACGUCAGUAGGGAUACCGAUCGCCAACGCAAAGACAUCGAACAACGAGCCCGAAACAGAUCUUCCACCGGCAGAAGAGAAGCAGGGCAGUCCAAAGGUUGACCAUUCAAGUCUCUUCAAAGACACAAACCCGUUCAAGGAGCAGGCUCGCCGCGAGAUCAAACACCGCGUUAACGAUCGGCCCCUUUUCAAGGGUGUGAGGCGCUUCAACAGCACCGAGAACAUCUUCACCUCGACGCCCAUCAUCGUGACGAAGACGUUCAACAACUGCAUCAAAACGAACGAGGUGAAGACGAAAUCGUUCGACUCGCUGAUCGUGGAAAGUAGCCAGCAGUGUCAGCAAGACAAGCACAAGCUUAAGAUGCCCCGCCCGCAAGUGAUACAGAUCGUCGACUCGAAGCAGCCGCCGGCCACCAACGGUGCCGACACGCUGCGCAAAACGUCCAAAAACGGGCAGCAAACGCAGCGCGAGUUCCUGCACAAGGUGGACUCGGUGCGCAGCUACUGGUCGAAGAUGCUGGACGAGGUGGAACAACUAACGACGGAUAGUGAUGCAAUCCGCACCGGGGAGGCACUGCAGAAUGCAAAAAACGAGCUGCUGACGAGCAGCGCAGCCGCGUCUGCGGUCGCUGCUCCGCCGGGUGCACCAACCAACCAGCUAGCGGCCUAUCAUCAGCAGUCGCUGUCAAAAAACGGUAACGCCGGGCGGAAGUCCAGCAUCGGCUCGGCGACAUCGGAAGCAUCGGACGGCUCGAACCGGUCCACCAACACCGGCUCCACCAGGACGGUCUCGAGCGGGGGCGGGCAGCACGUGCGCCCGUCCGCCGCCACGACCGGUGGUGGCCGCAACAAGUACUCCACCUACCAGCUCGAGGACGAAGAGCAGCACGAGGACGGGUCUGAUCUACGCUACCAGAGCUUCAGCCCGACGGUCGAGAUCAUCGAACUGGACGGGCACAAGCAGGCGGCACUGGUGAAGCCGAAGAACGCCCGCGAGCUCGACUUUGACCACGUGCGGUACAAGGUGAUGAAGUCGGAGAUGUUUCAAAAAAACUUGCUGGUAAACCAUCGGAAAGCGGCUCAGUUCGAUGGUUUAAUGCAGUACCUACAGGAUUACAGCUUCCAGGAGCUGCUCGCUCACAACAACGUUGUAAUCAUCGAGCCGGUCCGGACGAAGAUCGAGAAGAUCUCCGAAAAGCCGCCGCACGCGCCGGCGGCCGUCUGCCGGAUCACGAACGGGGCGCUGGGCGUACCGGGCGCUGGUGGGGGGAGCGGCCGUCGCCCGAACGUGCCGACAAACGGGGCGGCGGCGUCCGGCAUCAAGAAACACUUCUUCUACCAUCCGAUCCGGGUGAACAAGGAGCUGCUGGACGAGGAGCUGCCGAGCCCGGACACGGUGCGCAAUGUGCGCAAACUGUUCGAGGGCACGUUGCGGCUUGGCACCGCCGCCAAGCAGGCGUACGAGGAGGCGAAGGCGAACGGCACGGCAGGCAUCCGCAAAUGGGACUCGGCCAGCCUGUCGAGCGGUGUAUCGUCCAGCGGUGACCUUAGCUCCCCGUGUGACUGCGGCGAACCGGGUGAGGAUGCGGCGGCGGCGACCAGCAUCGAGUCGCAGCUGGCCGGCGAGCUGGAAUCGCACUACGUCAGCCAGGACGUGCUGGAGAAGAUACGGGAGUGCGGCUCGACCGUCACCUACUACGGUGGCCGCGUGCUGGACAAGCGCACCGAAGCGAUCAGCACGAUGACGCGGGCGAUAAUGCGCGAGAUACGGGGGCAGGAUCGGCAGUGUGGUGUCUGUCAGCCGCACGGCUGCCAUCGUCACUCCAUCGCCGAUGAUGAGCGAGUGGCGGAGGUGGACGAAGAAGAGGAAGAGGAGGAAGAUGAGCAGGACGAGCAUGACCAUGCGCACGGCUGCUCCGGCAGCCUACGGAGGCCGCUGUCUGGCGAGCGGGAAGGUGGAUUAGGUGUUAAGUUCAAGCUGGUCAAAUCGAACAGCUGCAGCAGCCGGCUGGAGCUGGCCGGCACCGGCAAGACGCCGCCAGAUCUGCUGCGCCCGAACGGGCGCAUGCGCGGCCGCCACAUCCUCCCGGAGGAAAGCUCCACCCGCGGCACGGUCGAGGCAACGAUCGAGGAGCCGGAAGAGAGCGUACGCGACAUGGUCAGCCGGUUGGAGAGUGGCAACGGCGCCACGCUCAUCACCGGACGCACCACCGCCAACAAACCGCGCAUCAUCGAGUCGCGGUGCAUCGAAAAGUACGAACCGGCCGAGCCGGCCAUCACAAUCAACAGCCAGACGACGGUUGACGGGACGGCGACGAUUGCGGCCGUCGGUGCAGUGGUCAGUGAGCGAAAGUCACCGGUACCGGCGCCACCAGCGGAACCCGGCGUCACCGUUAACAAUCACAUCAACGUGGUGCAGCCAGUCGCAUCGAUUCCGCAACCGCCACCGAUACCGGGUCCGCUCGUGAUACCGCCACUCCUGCGAGGAGGUCCAGCAAAAACAUUACCCUCCAUUGAAGUAGCAGCAGCAGCAGCAGCAGCAGCAGUACCACCACCACCCACAGCACCUGCGGUAAUGUCUGGCGCUACCUCGAUGGAGCGUCCACCGAAGGUUUGCCGGAACAGGAAUGUGGAUCUUGCGUUUGCUGCCACCAUGCGGCAGCUGGUUGGGUUGAAUGGAAACGGUACGGUGCUGCGGCCACCUUCCGCCGUCAAGAAGUCCUCCUCGCAGGUAUCGGUGCACGGUGCAGAGUCCAAUGAUCAGUCCCCGCAGGACAGUGCACCGUCCAGUGCGGCUUCCGUUACGAAGACGGUUACAUUUAACUUCACCAAUGGAGCGUCGGUGGGGGUUACUGAGCAGACGACGAACGGACAUGAGGAGUCGCAGCAGCAUCAUCACACGACGAAUGGAACGCAGCAGCAGCAGACGGUGGUAGACCAAAGUGAGAACCUGCGACCGAGCGCCAUUGCCGAGCAGCGCAAGCUGGACGAGCUGACAUCGCCGAAGCUGGUGAACUGGAGCAGCAUCGGGCGGUUCGACGAGCGCCAGUACUUCGCCAACGACCGGAAGCUGAUCGAGAAGCGCAAGUACGACGACAUGGAGUUCGAGGAGUUCGAGGUGCUCGAUCCGAACGCACCGCCGGAGCACUACGACAGUCUCAACAGCAAGUGAGCGAAUGAUUUCAUCAAAAAAGGGAGCGCGUGUACCGCGAGAGUAAAAACGGAACACACCGAAGAUGUACGAGAAAUCCACGCCAGAUGCACACACUUGAUUUUUGGCCAUGUAGUCACUACGCUUAGUCCCUUUAACACACUUCCAAAAUCUUCUCUAUAUGUGUAUCUACCGAGGGGGAGACGACGAACCCAAGAAAACCCUCGCUACCGUCUUUGUGACUUGCUGUUUGUUUUAUGGCCAAAAACACGCACACUUUUAACUGUAUUUAUUAUGGGGAUUCUUCCUCCCCCUGCUGUGUCUGCGUGAUAGCCUUUAACGCGUUUUAAUCGUCAUACCGCAUAAAAGGGGCAUCAUCGUAUCGUUUCGUACGCUCUAUUUUAAUCUGCCUUACAAUCCUUACAUGUACAUACUAUAUUUUACAAACUCUCGUCCGUCUGUUACAUAUUAUAGGUGUGUCUGUGCAAAAUCUGGUUUCACAUCAUUCCAAGAACAUGUGGCAUGUGUUGUGCUGUAAUUUAUUUGCAAUAUGCAAUAUAGCACCGAGCCGCCCGGCUAGAGCUCUGUGUGCGAAGGCACCAUUUUUACAACCCCAUUAAACGAAGAAGCCGAGAAACGACGAUUGAUUGUGUAUUUGAAGCAAAAGAAAGCCACAGACUGCAGGCUAGACGUAUAUUCCGAAUAGAAAACCCCCUCCCUACCGCCCUUUCUUAAAGUGUAGAUUUGUAGCGAAAACUACUUAGUUGCAUGUUAUUAAACGAAAGUAAUCUGGAAAAAUAAAAAAACGUUUAUGGUUCAACCAA